GAAAAACUCAGACCUGGUAUAGGAGCCCCAACGCACCCUUCCUACCUAUUCUACCUCUAAAUUUGUAAUUAGUAGGACAAAACUUGGGUUAGAGUAAGAGCAAAAGUCAACUCAGAUUUGAGUUCUUUGAGUCUGUUUUUGUCUGGAAUGUAUGCAGUUCCCACUUUGUCUCUCCAUUUUCCUAAAAUAAACACAUAUGGGCAUAUGAGUGCAGAAACAGGCACACACAUCCGUACACCUAUUUCUCAUUAAUGACUAUUGAUGAAUGCUUAAUAUGUGCUAAGCAUUGUGCUGGACUUCAGGGAGUCAGUUACGUAAAGUAGACUUAGUUCCUAACUUCUGCAACUUGUGUUCUGAAGCAAGACGAUAGAUGAGAGAAAAAAAAAAAAACAACUGGAACACACACACACACACACACACACACACAUUCCUACAGGGGCAGGAUGUCAAACGUAUUUCAGUAAUCACAGACUGCGUUCAUAGAAUAGCAGAUUUUCUAUAAAUACAGUUGUUCUCAACUUUGUUCUUGGAGGCAGGAUUUAGUAGACCAAGCCCAAAACACACGAGGCUCUCUGUAUUAGAAAAUUGUAUUACCAGGGCUUUCUUCAGGAUGCCAAACUUCAUUGCACUAAAAUUUCAUUAAUUCUACUUCCUGAAAGUUCCAAGAAGACUUGGUGACUAGAUGAAGGAAAACCUUUUGAAGCAGAACCCUAAAACAUGCAUCUGGGACAACUGUCCCUGACGCUUUUGGUGCUUAUGCUUAGGGGCACCUCAGAAACCUGUACUUCACGUCGUCAUAUUAAUGCCGUUGAAGGAGAACCUUUCUUUUUGAAAUAUUGCCCACUUUCUCCUGUGCAUGAACCAAGCACCACAAAAUGGUUCAAAACCAAUGAGUCAGAUGAAAAGGUUGAGCUACGCUUGAGCAGUUCACCCAGAAUUACUUUGCACGAUUAUGUCCUGGAGUUUUGGCCCAUUGAGCUGGAUGACAGUGGAUCUUACGUUUUCCAGAGGGGAAAUCAUACUUAUGAUUGGAAACUGAAUGUCAUCAGAAGAAGUAAACACAGCUGUUUUACUGAAAAACAAGUAACUAGUAAAACUGUGGAAGUUGGAACGGCUUUGCAGGUGGACUGUAGUCAUAGUUACUAUCACGACCUGGUCCACAGAACGGCACUGUAUAAGAACUGUGAAAAGAUAGAGAACAAUAAAAACCCAUCUUUAAAGAAGAAUGCAGAGUUUAAAGACCAGGGAUAUUACACCUGCAUGUUUUUCCUUCAUCACAAUGGAAAACUAUUUAAUGUCACCAGCACCUACAAUAUAACAAUAGUUGAAGAUCGCAGUACUAUAAUUCCAGCUAUUCUUGGACCAAAGAUUAACCAUGUUGAAGUGGAAUUAGGAACAGAUGUGCAGCUCAACUGCUCCGCUUGGCUGAAUGAAAAGGAUUACAUCUAUUGGAACUUCCAUAGAAAAGAUGGGCACGACCCAAAUGAGCAUGAAGGGGAGGAAAUAAAGAUCAGGACUUCAGAAGGCAAAUGGCACGCUUCAAGAAUAUUGAGAAUUGAGAAUAUUAAUGAGAAAAAUCUAAACUUUUCAUAUAAUUGCACUGUGUCCAGCGAGAAAGGCCUAGACACCAAACACUUCAUCUUAGUGACAAAAGGUCGGGGCGAUAUCCCAGGCCAUGUGUUCACGAGGGGAAUGGUCACAGCUCUCGUGAUCUCAGGGGGAAUCGUGUGCCUAGUGAUUGCGGGUGUUAUUUAUAGAAUUGACUUGGCUCUAUUUUAUAGACAUUUCAUGGGAAGAGAUGAAACAUUAACAGAUGGGAAGACAUACGACGCCUUUGUGUCCUACCUGAAGGGAUGCGGACCUGCACACGGGGAGGAGCAGGAGCGUGCCUUCGCCGUGGAGGUCCUGCCCAGGGUGCUGGAGGAGCACUUUGGGUACAAGCUAUGCAUAUUUGAGAGGGAUGUGGCACCUGGAGGAGCUGUUGUUGAUGAAAUCCAUUCACUGAUAGAGCAAAGCCGAAGACUGAUCAUUGUCCUGAGUACAAGCUACAUGCUUAACGAAGUGAGGUAUGAACUCGAAAGUGGACUCCAUGAAGCGCUGGUGGAAAGGAAAAUUAAAAUCAUCUUAAUUGAAUUUACACCCCUCAGUGACUUCACAUUCUUGCCCCAGUCACUACAGCUUCUGAAAUCUCACAGAGUUCUGAAGUGGAAGGCUGACAAAUCUCUCCCAUAUAACUCAAAGUUCUGGAAAAACCUUCUUUACCUGAUGCCUGCAAAAACGGUCCAGCCACGCAGAGGGGAAUGCGAAGCGGAGCCCGUCCUGGCUGGGUCCUGCCCUUAGGGAAGCGAGGGGGGAGCUGCGAGCGCUGGGGGCGGAGGAAGGCGCCUGCUCCCACCUCAGGCAGGGGUGGCUCCUCUGUUUCACUCCAAGGAAAUCCCUCUCCCAGUUCCCCAUGGAGCUUCACCGGCUGCCUGCCUGGAGGAGGCCGUGGAAGCAAGCUGCCCGAGGUCCCAGAAGACCCUGGGACCUACAGAAGGGGCUCUCCUGUCUCCUCCUCCACAGCUAGGCUUGUGGCUGGGGAUUAUGCAAACACCGCAUGCCAUUCAAAAGGGCACUGUAAGAGUUUUGAAUGUGAACCAUUGAACUAAAGGAUUUUAAGUUUGUUACUGGCAUUUCUACGAGCCAGUAGGUGACAUUGGACGGGCACAGUGGCGACACCGACACUCUUGCA